AGAUACAGUUCGAAAAAGUCAGUCAUAGUGCGAGUUACACGCAAAGGAAGGCAGUGAGAUAUUGUUGAAAAGGAUAUUACAAAAAUAAGCAAUGCAUCGGUCUGUGUUGUUGCUCCUAAUCUCGGCCUUUGUGCUGAGUGCGGCAGUGGCUCUGCCCCUAAGUCUGGAGGAAUCAGAAGAGGUGGCUUCCCAUUCAGACGUGGAACUGGAGCCUCUGUCUGAAAGCUUGGACACCAACGAGAAGCAGAAUUUGGAUAGCAGUGUCGAAGAAACUGUCCACAAGGAGCUAGCCAAGGAAGCCAGUAGUUCUGUCGAGGAGCUCAAGGACGGGGGAGCUUCAUCGGAGGAGGAGAGCUCGGUGAUCCCUGCCAGAAGGCGCAGAUCAGUUGAACAGGAAAGGUAUAGGAACUUACACGACCUUGCCUAUAUUUGCCCGCUGGCUGAUACAACCGAAUUGGAGGAAGGCGACACCUUAAAUAGUAAAAUCAAAAUACCAGACAUGUAUCCAAGUUUGAUUUGUAAGCCACAAUUUAUUUAAAGCCAACCCAAAAAAAUAGAAAAUAAAUGUGUCUUUUAAAAACAAAAUGAAAUGGAAAACAAA